AAGCCCUAAUCCAAGAGCCCUAAAAUUGGGCCGGCAGAAAUGUAGCUCAAGUGUCGCCGCCAUGGCGAUGGAAGGGCAAGCGAAAGAGUCGGCUGCGGCGGCUGCGGAAGUGGACGAUAAGCAGCUCCAAGAGAUUGUGCGGUCGUGGAUGUUGCAAGCGUUGUCUGGGGAGGACAUCGAUCGCUACCGGAAAUUGCUCUCGGACUUGAAAAACGUCGACUUCGAUGAUCCAGAAAGCGUCUCUGGCUUGGCGGCAAGAAUACGAGCGCUCUCCCAAUGUGUAAGCAUUAUCAACGAGCGGGAUCACGAGAUGCUGCUAUCGCUUGUGUUUUCUAUGAGCUUCUGGAGUGGCAGCAAUGAGCUUCUGGAUGCAAUUGAGAACCUUGUCGUGAAUUUGGCGACUUCUAGCGGUGUUUUGGUGCCCAGAUGCUUGGACAUGCUAGUGCGGAACUUUUUGCCUCCCUCAUGUGGUAUCAAGGUGCAUCUUGACUGUUAUACACAAGACAGGCUUGCUAGAAAAAAGAUGACUUUUGAAAGUCUUAAAGGACUAAAACCGCUACAUUUGUCCAUGAAAAGUGACGUCGUGAAUCGUGUGCAUCUAGCUCUACAACGAAUUUUGGAGUUGGUCCCAAUUGCCGCUCUGAGGCUUCAUCCGAUCGUCCAGCAAAGAAUGCCUCAUCGAAGGGUUGACAAAGAUUGGAAUUCUUUGUUCCUGGAGAAUAUGUUACUUUUAGAUAGCAAGCGCGUUAGUCCAGCUAUAAGCAGCCGGAUGCUGUUGGGGAUAGUCGACAGGCUGAUCGAGAUAGAUGUAGAGAUAGCUUGGGAGGACAUUUUGAAGGAUGAGGAUAGUAGCAAAGUUUUGGUCUUCCAUAUGGAUGUUGAUGAAUCCGAUGACAAACAAGCGGCUCCCGGUAGUGAGGCUCAAUUGGAGCAUGCGUUAGCAGCGCAUUCAGGGAAGAAGCCUUUAGAUGAAAUAGCAGACAAGAUGGACCAUUUGAUGGAACUGGUGUUUGAGCACUUGCAUCAAUGUGCGAAAAAUGAAAGGCUCGACGAGGUGUAUACAACACUAAUGGUUUCUUUCAAGUCGACUGUCCUUGACACCUACAAGUCAAAGUUUACGCAGUUCUUGAUCUUCUAUCUGUGCUCGUUAUCUCCUUCAAGUUGCGGGGUGAACUUCGCUGGGUUUCUUUGCGAGACAUUUGUGACUCGGUCUAUUCCUAGCAACACAAGGAUGUCUGCUGCCGCAUACCUUGCGAGCUACCUUGCCAGGGCAAACUUCUUACCUUUGCCUGUGGUGCUUUCAUCCGUUUCAAGGCUAGUAAACUGGUGUGUCAGCUUUACUCCUACAAGGUUCGACGUGUUCAAAUUGACAGACACAGCCCUUCAUGGAGUCUUCUAUGCUGCUUGUCAGGCAGUAAUGUACAUUCUCUGCUUCAGAUUGAGGGAGCUUCAUGCGGAUUCUACGCAAAGACCCUUGCUGAAAGGCUUGAGAUUGCAACAGCUGAUAGAGCACAAGCUUUGCCCUCUUAAGGUGUGUCUUCCCUCCGUCGUCGAGGAGUUUGUCAGGCAAGCGACGGCAAUUCAGCUUAUCAGCUACAGCGGCACUGUAGAGCCUAGCUCCGGAUUCGAGGUCUUGUCAUUCAAAUCCUAUGGAGGUGACAACAGGCUAGAGAUGUUCUUCCCAUUUGAUCCUUACUUGCUGAGACGAUCGGACAGAUUUAUCGAGCCAAUCUUCACGCACUGGUCUGCGGCUCACUCGGCAAACGAAGUCGAGGAACAGAGCAGCGACGAGGAGGAGCCUGUUGUGGAGGAGGAAGAGGUGUUAGAUCCGGAUGAUCUGAUGGAGGCCGAAGAGGAAGGCUACGAGCACCAUGAUGGUGGCGAGGAAGCGUUCCGGAAUUCUUUGGAGUGCAUGUCCAUCACGCCGCCUCGGAUGCUACCGGCGAAUUUGGCACAGAUGCUUCCAAUGUCUUGAGAUCAUCAAGUUUGUUUAAGGAAAUGCUUCAAAUAUAUAUUUGUAAACUUAGGGUUGGAUUUCA